UUUAAAAAUAAAGGCAAUGGUUAAAGUUUCAAUUAUGAGAAUGCUUAUGGGAUUUGCUGCUACAGCAAUGCUCCUACAAUUGGCGGCAGCUGUGGAUCACUCUGUCGGAUCUUCAGGGGGGUGGGACUUAUCAGUUGAUUAUGACUCAUGGGCUUCCUCCCAAACAUUUUCAGUAGGCGAUAAUCUAGUUUUCAGUUAUGAUUCUAGUCAUGAUGUUCUUGAAGUCACCAAGCCAAACUAUGAUUCGUGUGGAACACAAAGUCCUAUAUCAACAUCAGUUAAUAGCCCUACCAGAAUCCCACUUACGGCUGAAGGAAGCCGGUAUUUCAUUUGUGGCAGAGGUUCUCAUUGUAGCCAAGGCAUGAAGGUUCAGAUUAAUGUAGUAGCAGGAGCAUCUGGCCCACCAUCCCCAACUCCACCCACAGAUGGUCCUUCAAGUAACCCAUCACCACCACCCCCUACCACGAGUAUCUCAUCACCGCCACCCCCAACUCCAUCAUCCGCUAUAAACCUAAAGACUACUGGUUCUAAACUCGCAUUCGGGCUUCUUGCGCUUGCGCAAAUACUCCUUUAG